AUGGCAGCUGCAAAAAUGGGCGGUGAAGGUUCUUCAAUGGCUGCUCCGGAGCUGCAUGUUCUUGUUGUUGAUGACAGCCUUGUCGACAGGAAGGUUGUCGAGCGCCUGCUCAAGAUUUCUGGCUGUAAAGUGACUGCUGUGGAAAGUGGAGUGAAGGCUCUGCAGGUUUUGGGGCUGGACGAGGAGAAAAGCUCUGAUCAUGGAUUUGAUGGCUUGAUGGUGAAUCUGGUGAUCACUGACUAUUCCAUGCCUGGAAUGACUGGGUUUGAGCUUCUCCAGCAGAUCAAGGGCUCGGCCAAGCUGAAGGACAUUCCGGUGGCGAUCAUGUCGUCCGAGAAUGUUGCUGCUCGUAUCGAAAGCUGUCUGCAAGAAGGGGCUGAAGAAUUCCUCUUGAAGCCCGUCAAGCUCCCGGACGUGCAGAGGCUCCGCGACGUCAUUCUGAGAGGCGACGCCAAAAAGGGGAAGGCAAAAACGGGAGACGAGCCACCAAAACAGCCGGCACUCAACUCUGAUACUCCAGUGGGGGCCACAGAAGCACCUGCUGCCGCCAGCUCAGAGGAGCCCCCGACUUCCCCCAGCUCGGGCCCACCGGUCGAGCCACCAUCCCAGCUUGCUGCCAAGAGCCCGAGUUUGGCAGCUGCCUCGGACUGA